AUCGCGCAGUAGUCGAUCAGCUGGCGGCGAUGAGCGACACCGCGAAAUGCAUUCGCUGUGCCCCCGGCUCAUUUUGUGAGAUUUCCACUCCGCCGCCCUCCGAUCCCCCCGCCGGAGAAUCGCCAAAUGCCAGCUGGUGAGCUGGUUAGUUGCCGCCUGGAAGACAGCCGCAAUGUAUCGCAACGUGCUCUGCCUGGCACUGGGCCUCAUCAUCGGCAUCCGGCUGACGGAUUUCUUCAAGUAUCUGCAGCUGACGGAAACGCACUUUGGCAGCACGGCGAUAACGCAGCUCGAGGAUGAGGCCACGCCCCAGCAGCCGACGGAGGAGCAGCUGGCCCGCUGGCUCUACAACGAGACGCGGGUGCUCUGCAUGGUGCUGACCAUGCCGAAGAACCACCAGACGCGGGUCAAGAGGGUGAAGGCCACGUGGGGCAGGCGCUGCAACAAGCUGGUCUUCAUCAGCAGCCAAGAGGACCGCGAGCUGGGCGCCAUCGAUGUGGGCGUUCCCGAGGACCGAGACAACCUGUACCUCAAGAUGAGGAAGGCCCUGGAGUAUGUGUACCAGAACUAUGUAGAGGACUACGACUGGUUCCUCAAGGCGGACGACGACACCUUUGUGAUAAUGGAAAACCUGCGGUUCCUGCUCUACCCCUACGAUCCCGAGGCAGCCCUCUACUUCGGCCACAGGUUCCGCACUUCCUAUCCACAAGGCUACAUGUCCGGUGGAGCUGGCUACGUGAUGAGUCGGGAUGCACUGCGGCGGCUCAACCUGUUUGCCUUCAACAACAGCCAGUUCUGCCCGCUUAACACCUUGUCAGAGGACAGGCAGCUUGGCUUCUGUCUGCAGAAUGUGGGCGUCGUGGCUGGGGACUCCCGUGAUGAGGAGGGUCGGGAGCGAUUUCUGCCUCUGUCCCUCAAAUUUAUGCUGCCCAAUUUCCCCACCACCAACUGGCUUAUCAAACUGACCUUUUAUGAGCCAGCCAAUGAAACUGGUUCGACCUCGGGGAUUAGCUUCCACUAUGUCAAGAACCACGAGUUUGAAAUGUAUGAGUUUUUGCUUUAUCGACUGCGUGUUUUUGGAACUCCCCUAACCCAGAGAUCGCUCCCACCCAGAUUGGAUCCUCAGCAACUGCAGAACCAGCUUUAUCACUGGUCCCACGAAAACAGCACCAAUCCGAACCCCUGGCUUAACCACGACUAACAGAAUCUUCCUCCACAUGAGUGGGAGACAUUUGAGACUCAUUCUAUCUGUAAACACAUAGUCGAGAAGAAAUAGUUAUAGUAUUUGGUAAAAUAGAGCGCGAGCUUAAUUUUAAUAGCCAUAUUUUAUUAAUUUAAUUUGCUUAUAGCUUCUUAAACUUUGUGCGACUGACUUUAUUCCUUAUCUCACUGCUGUUUUUGCUGUGCUGGUUGUUUGCUAAACACUUUAUUAGUUAUAAAUAAAAUAUAUAAGAUGCAUUUUGAAGAAAGCAGU